AUGCUCCCUCCAGGAUACAUCAAGUACCAUUCUCAGCAUUCAUGUGUAGGUUCCAUCGAGAGAGGAUUCCUCUGUUUUGGUUCGCCGUUGUUGCUGUUUGCAAACCGGAAGGAUGUACGCCUUGUUGAUGCAGCUAACUCUCGCAAUUCAUCGGUGAUCAUCAGUGGCCUUGAAGAUGCUGCUGCAGUUGACUUCUACUAUGCAGAAAAUUCAGUCUUUUGGACUGAUGUCAGCCUGGAGAUGAUUAAAAGGACGUAUGUGAAUGGUUCUCAAACCAGCACUAAUGUGAUUACUUUUGGUUUACUGUCACCAGAUGGCCUCGCAUUGGAUUGGUUAGGGGAGAAGCUCUACUGGACCGAUUCCGAAACCAAUCGGAUUGAAGUCAGUAACUUAAAUGGCUCUUGCCGUAAGAUAUUGUUUUGGGAACAUUUGGAUCAACCCAGAGCGAUAGCUUUGGACCCAUUAAAUGGGUACAUGUAUUGGACUGACUGGGGUGAAAGACCAAAGAUUGAACGGGCUGGAAUGGAUGGCAGUAAACAAAAUCGUUCUGUGAUAAUAAGUGAAAGGAUUCACUGGCCUAAUGGUUUAACAUUGGACUAUGAAGAUUCCAAGAUAUAUUGGGCAGAUGCCAAGCUAAAUUUCAUCCACAGCUGUAACUUUGAUGGCUCUGACCGUCAGCCUGUUGUGCAGGGCUCCCUACCUCAUCCGUUUGCUUUGACAUUGUUUGAGGAAAGAUUAUUUUGGACAGAUUGGCACACUCGAGCAAUUCACUCAUGCCACAAACGAACUGGAGGAAACAGAGAAGUUGUUCACAGUGACAUCUACUCACCUAUGGACAUUCAUGUCUAUACAGCAAAGAGACAACCAGCAAGUAACAAUCCAUGUGGCAACAACAAUGGUGGCUGCUCUCAUUUGUGCCUCAUGUCACCUCAACCUCCAUUUUUCUCUUGUGCCUGUCCAACAGGUGUUCGUCUACAUGAAAAUGGCCACACUUGUGCUAGCAGCCCCAAAGAGAUUUUGUUAUUGGCUCGGAGAUCAGAUCUUCGGCGUAUUUCACUGGACACACCUGACUAUACGGACGUGAUUUUACAGUUAAGUGACAUCCGGCAUACAAUUGCCAUUGAUUAUGACACUGUAGAGGACUAUGUUUAUUGGACAGAUGAUGAAGUGCACCUCAUCCGACGAGCACAUAUGGAUGGAUCAGGCCAAGAAGUUAUUGUGAGCACUGAAGUUGAGCAUCCUGAUGGUGUGGCUGUUGACUGGAUUGGCCGUAAUUUGUACUGGACAGAUACGGGCACUGAUCGCAUUGAAGUAUGUCGUUUGAAUGGUACCUCUCGCAAAGUUCUUAUUUCUGAAGGACUUGUAGAACCCAGGGCAAUUUGUUUGGAUCCAAUGAGAGGGCACAUGUAUUGGACUGAUUGGGGUGCUAAUCCAAAGAUUGAAAGAGCCAACAUGGAUGGUACAGAAAGAAUUGCUCUGAUUAAUUCUUCACUAGGCUGGCCUAAUGGAGUUGCCAUUGACUAUCAAGAGAAGAAACUUUAUUGGGGAGAUGCCAAAACUGACAUGAUAGAAGUUGCAAAUCUUGAUGGCACUGACAGGAAAGUGCUUGUUUCUAAUAAUUUACCACAUAUUUUUGGAUUCAGUCUUUUGGGGGAUUAUGUGUACUGGACUGACUGGCAAAGACGGUCUAUUGAGCGUGUCCAUAAAGUGACAGGAGGAGAACGACAAGUGAUCAUUGACCAACUGCCAGAUCUAAUGGGGCUCAAGGCGGUGAAUAUGAACCAUGUAGAAGGAAGUAAUGGUUGUGCUGAAAACAAUGGUGGCUGCAGCCAUUUAUGUCUAAACACUCACCCCAAGGGACCUGUGUGUGCCUGUCCGACAGGUAUUUUCUUUGAACUUCUUGAUGAUCAGAAGACCUGUGUUGUCCCUGAUGGCUUUCUUCUGUUCUCGCGUAAGGAAGAUAUUCGUCGUAUGUCCUUAGAAACUAACCACAACGAUGUCCUUAUCCCAAUUCAGGGCGUAAAAGAUGCACAUGCUCUAGACUUUGAUAACAGUGAUAACAGAAUCUAUUGGACAGAUGCAUCACUCAAGCAAAUCAGUCGGGCAUUUAUGAAUGGCAGUUCUUUGGAACAUAUUAUUGAAUUUGGUAUUGAAUUUCCUGAAGGAAUGGCAGUUGACUGGGUUGCUAAAAAUCUGUACUGGACAGACAUUGGUACCAAGCGUAUUGAAGUGGCCCGUCUUGAUGGUAAAUCUCGACGGGUACUCAUUUGGAAAGACCUUUCUGACCCACGUUCUAUUGUGCUGGACCCACCCAAUGGUUACAUGUACUGGACUGAUUGGGGAGAAAAUCCGAAACUUGAACGAGCUACUUUGGAUGGUAAGAACCGAAAGACGUCUGAUAUGCUGGGUCAAGACAGAAGAGUAAUGGUAGAUACUCAUCUUCUGUCCCCGCGUGGCAUCACACAGUACAAAGAUUUCAUUUAUUGGACGGAUCUGGAAAAGAAAAGCAUUGAACGAGCUCAUAAAUUAACUGGACAUAAUCGAACGACCAUUCACCAAGGCCAUGGGGAUUAUGUUAUGGAUAUUCUUGUCUUCCAAGAAUCACGUCAGCCUGGUUGGAAUCCAUGUGGUGUGGACAAUGGUAACUGUUCACACUUAUGCUUGGCUCAUCCCAGUCCUCCUGAUCAAACUGGUACUGCCAACAUGACCUUCAGUUGUGCAUGCCCAACACAUUAUACUCUUGAUGCUGACAAUAAAACCUGUUUACGUAAGUAA